AGAGAGUAUUUGAGUGUGUGAGGCUGAUGGCAGACCAUGGGAGGGACAAGGUGGAGGCCCUGGAAAGGAUGAAGGCCAGAUCCUGACCCUGGUCUCCCGAUGGCUGUAGCGGGACCCGAUUGGGCCCCUGUGGUGUGGGCCCUGGGCUGCUCCUGGCUCCUCCUCCUCCUCCACGUCUCCUCCGCCGAGAAGCCCGCCAAACUGCCGCUGCUCGGCCGCAAGCCCUUCAUCUCCGCGUGGAACGCCCCCCUGGACGUCUGCGCCGGCAAGUACAACAUCAGCCCCGACAUCGAGCACCUCUUCCACAUCCAGGGCAGCCCCCGGCGCUCCCACACCGGCCAGAGUGUCACCAUCUUCUACGCCAACCGCCUGGGCCGCUACCCCUACUACACCGAGCAGGGUGCGGCCGUGCAGGGGGGCCUUCCGCAGAACUGCAGCCUGGACCUGCACCUCCUGCAGGCCCGGCGGGACAUCCUGCACUUCCUGCCCGCCGAGGACUUCCGGGGCCUGGCAGUCAUCGACUGGGAGUACUGGCGGCCCCAGUGGAGCCGCAACUGGCACCGCAAGGACGUGUACCGACGGCGGUCGCGGGAGCUGGUGGCCGAGGAGUACGCCAACGCCACGGCGGAGCAGGUGGAGGAGCUGGCGCGGAAACGCUUUGAGAAACGGGCGCGGGCGUUCAUGCAGACGACGGUCCAGCUGGGGCUGAGCCUGCGGCCCCAGGCCCUGUGGGGCUUCUACCUCUACCCCGACUGCCACAACUACAACGUGCUGCAGGACGACUACGCGGGCCGCUGCCCGCUGCCCGAGAGGCAGCGCAACGACGAGCUGCAGUGGCUGUGGAACAGCAGCGCGGCGCUCUUCCCCUCCGUGGCCAUCAGGAAGAGCCAGAGCAACAGCAUGAGCAACCUCCACUUCUCCAACCACCGCAUCCGCGAGGCGCUGCGCGUGGCCGGCCUCACCUCCCGGGACUACGAGCUGCCCACCUACGUGUACCUGAGGCUGGGUUACCGCGACGACGCCCUCGCCUUCCUCACCAACAGAGACCUGAUCCACACCGUGGGGGAGAGCGCCGCCCUGGGGGCCGCAGGCUUUGUCAUCUGGGGCGACCUGAACCUCACCUCCUCCAAGUUCAACUGCUCCAAGGUGACCUCCUUCGUGAGCACGCGUCUGGGGCGCUACAUCGCCAACGUGACGCACGCCGCCCAGGUCUGCAGUGACUUCCUGUGUCAGAGCAACGGGCGCUGUGUGCGCCGCGACCCCCUGGCCCGCCACUACCUCCAUCUAAGCCCUCUCAGCUACGCCCUCCACCCCGCAGCCGGCGGGGGCUUCGUCGCCGCGGGCUCGCCGUCGUCACAUGACCAGGCGCUGCUCGCCAAGCGCUUCCGCUGCCACUGCUACCAGGGCAACGCCGGGGCCCGCUGUGACAGCCUGAACCUCCUGGAUGAGGGGGAGGAGAAGGAGGAGAGGAAGGGGGAGCAGGAGGUCACAGAGGAGGAGAGGCGGAGGUUGGACUGGGAGGCGGAGCAGUGCGAGGAGGAAAGCCUGGCCCCUCCCACAGGCAGCCAUCUUGGCUUGACUCUAUGGCUCCUCCUGGUUCACCUGGCGUUAGUCUGGAUAGCGCUGUGAGGCGUGACCACCUUGCAUGACAAGACAGAGACCUGGAACAAUCACUGUAGAGGAGCCACCGUGGAGAAACCUUUAGCAACAGACUCCAGAGACUGAGGGACUAACCAGAGACUGAGGGACUAACCAGAGACUGAGAGACUAACCAGAGACUGAGAGACUAACUAGAGACUAACCAGAGACUGAGAGACUAAUCAGAGACUGAGAGACUAACCAGAGACUGAGAGACUAAACAGAGACUAACCAGAGACUGAGAGACUAACCAGAGACUGAGAGACUAACUAGAGACUAACCAGAGACUGAGCGACUAAUCAGAGACUGAGAGAUUAACCAUAGACUGAGGGACUAACCAGAGACUGAGAGACUAAACAGAAACUAACUGGAGACUGAGAGACUAAACAGAGACAGAGAGACUAACCAGAGACUGAGAGACUAACUAGAGACUAACCAGAGACUGAGAGACUAAACAGAGACUAACCAGAGACUGAGAGACUAACAAGCGACUGAGAGACCAACCAGAGACUGAGAGACUAACCAGGGACAAACCAGAGACUGAGAGACUUGAGAGGCUCAACAUGGACAGAUGGUUCAUAUCUGAGGUACCAGGGUGGUCUACAGCACUUGUUUUAUAUACUGCUGCUUUUAUGAGACAAUCUGAACAUCUAAGACAUUAGCAAAACUAUUCAACACAGAUUGAAAGCAGAAAUCUUUCAAUGCCACCAAAUUAUGUCGUUUGUUUACCAAAUGUAUAAGUUCAUGAUAUUUAGUUGAUUAUAGUAGCACCAAAUGUUUAAAAACAGACAUUGUUUUAUAUAUGUCAUGGCUUUAUCCCGGUGUCAUCUUCCUUCAUAGUACUGGAGGAGUGGCGGACGUACGUGUGACCGCGCCGCCUUACAGUGUCAAUACUCACCCAAAGUCCUACCUCACCUGAGAACUGGAGUGACUGUGUGUUGUGAAACGGCCCCCGAGAGAGGGAGGGAGUGAGAACGAAUUUUUCUGUCUUCUGCUCUUUCCUGGGCUCUCUUUAUAACUCUCAAUCUUACCAGCUUCAACAACAUACUCAUAGCAACCUUCCUAUAAUGAGCUACCUAUUAUUACCUACGCCAUGCAGUGCAGUAGUUUGGAGAGCAGCUUUAGACCAGCGAGGUGGUAGACUUUAGACCAGUUAGGAGUCCAGUCCGGCUUCUCAAACAGAAGCAGCAUGGAGACGAGGCAACGGGUGGAAACGUGAAUGUCGAUGCACUACAAAUAAAGAAGUUUUAUAUUUUAAGUCUCUUGUUUUGAUUCUGCUUUGAAGACCUCACAUCAAAUUAAUCAGUUUG